GUAGUCGUUAUUUCUUUGCUUGAAAUGCGGGUCGAUUUGCGUGGUUUUGUGUGCUAUGCAGUUCGUAUAUAGACGAAAUGUAAAAGGCGUUGUGUAUGACUAUCAAAAUUCCCUUAUCGUUGAUACACAUUUCGAAGUGCAAGAAUUUAAUCACUGUAGCUUCCAUUUUGUAUCUAUUUUGCGUUUCUGUAAUAAUUUGUUGAACUGGCGUGAACUUAACAGCGUGUGCAACUCACCCGUAGUACGUUCCUGUUGUCAUACGUAUUAGCCAGUCGGCUGACAGUACACGAUAGCAACUGAAAAUCAGUCACUUCCGUUUUUUUCCAACUUUAACUCCAUUUACGAAACUCUGACUAAAACUUGCUCCGAGUGAAAGAAAAUAUCCAUCAACUUCGUUUAUCAAACACAGGGAGCUACGAAGAAGCAGUGUUGGUCUUUAUCCACAUCCGAUUAAUUAUUCGCUCUGUUCACUUCCUACCAUUUUUUACGGGAAAUCUUCCAAUAAAAGGCCGUAGACAGGGUGAUGAGUGCUGAUGCAGAGUGUAGGGCCGUUCCACCUCUACGGCCUGUACGGGAGCAAGACGUGGCGGUCUUGUUGAAAUACCGCCACUGCUACCGCCACGAUGUGCAGUCUGAGCCGUCCCCGAGAUCCGCGCUCACAUAUGUAGUAUCAAACGUGGCAGCAGGUAAGGUGCAAGAGAGGCAAGGCGGAGGCGAAACAGCCCGACAGCAGCCGCCGCAGCAGCGCCGCGAUGUGGUUGAGGCAGAGGGAGGCGAAGAGGAAGAGGAGGUGGGGGAGGCCGAGACCAGCCGUGGCCUGCUACGGCGGCUGCUGGCCUGCUGCCUCUGCAUUAGGCUGCCACAAGGCCGCAGGUCCAGGAGGACCAGCAGAGUUCAUCCUGAAGAAGCGCCGACACCUGGCAGUCAGGCUAGGGAAGUGAGCCCUGCCAACAAAAUCCCGGAAACAUACACGAGGGAGAAGCAGGAGAUGGUGUCGGCAUGGGUGCUGAGGCAUUUUGGGAGCGCCCAGGACCGCUGCAGAUGGAUGGAGGAGCUGCACGGAGAAGGCGACAGCACACAAGGGGCAGAGGUAACGUAUUGCAGAAGCUUUAGCUAUGCAAGCAGUGGUGAGUAGAAGAAUAACAUAAAUUAUAAUUCAUAUAUACUAGGAGCAUUCACUGUAAAUAUACUGUGGUGUUACAUCAAAGACUUAAUCGUAGCGUCACAUUCAAAAUUUCAACUGAAACUCUUUUAUUUAAAGGAGAAAUCUUUAGUCUCCGUAAUGGAAGUAAAAACCUUUCAGUUCAACCGUGGAAUUAUCUGCUGCCAGCCUCAUCCUGAAUUCCACUGAGUAAUUGUUGUGUUGGGCGUAAUUUAUAAUGCGUGGCAUAAAAUAACGUACGAAAAUACAUAUUAGUAUAUUUCCUCUUAUAAACUGUAGCGGUUCAUAGAUAAUGAGUUUAGUAGUGUGAGUUCCAUAUUUUAAAAGAGGAAACAGGAAAAAAUCUUGAAAUGUAAUUAUCGUAGUCGAAUUACCAGUCCUAUAGCGCAAGAUAGGGAAAGGACGUGAAAUAGUGAAUACAUUUUAAUAUAAAAUAAAAAAAAUCCAUGUUAACACUACUUCCUCGUAAAUAUCAAAGACUUCGCACCAACAGAGGACGAACAACUUAAGUAUCUAGAUUCCUUGAAUCUUUGUCAGAUCUGUUACAAAAAUACCGACGCCGAUAUUUUCAACAAAUAGCUGUUGACGUUUUAAAUGUCACAUUAACUGAAAUACUAAAGUAAAUUAAAAUAGUUUAUAGGCUGUGUUUGCAUCAUAAGAAGUACAGCGAUAGACACUGAAUUAAUAUUUUUGUGUCAUUGACCUAAACUAAAUAAUAGCGAACUGUAGCAGCAGACAUUGAGUAAGAAUACCGUAUUGAAACAGUGUACUUGCACUAAAUCAACCUGAGUGUAAUGUGGACUCCACAUCAUCAGAGCUACAGAUGUGCUAGUCGAGAUUACAAGUGUGGCCAGCUAUUACGCAAGGCAGGGAGCUGGAACAGACACGAAUGCAUGCCAUAUGCGGGACUUACAGAUGUUGGUUUCAUUCACUGCCCAGCCUCAGUGUGGGUUUUAGGCGGUUCUCCACGCUCGUUUAGGUCAAUACUGUGCUGGUCCUCAGUCUCUGCCUCAACGAAUACACAAACAACUGGAAUACUAAAACAUAAAGUACAGUGAAACUUCCUGGCAGAUUAACACUGUGUGCAACACUAAGACUCGAACUCGAGACUUUUGUCUUUUGCGGGCAGGUGCUCUUUCAUCUCAGCCACCCAAGCAUGACUCACGACCUGUCCUCACAGUUUCAAUUUCAUAUGAGCGCACAGUCCGCUGCAAAGUGAAAAUCUCAUUUUGGAAACACCCCUGAAGCUGUGGCUAAGCCAUGUCCCCGCAAUAUCCUUUCUUCUAAGACUGCCAGUUCUGCAAGGUUCGCAGGGAAGUUUGGAAGAUAGGAGACGAGGUACUGGCAGAAUUGAAGAUGUGAGGACGGGUCGUGAGUCGUGCUUGGAUAGCUCAGAUGGUAGAGCACUUGCCCGUGAAUGCCAAUGAUCCCGAGUUCGAGUCUCGGUCUGCUACACAGUUUUAAUCAGCCAGAAAGUUUCGUAUCAGCGCACACUCAGCUGCUGAGUGAAGAUCUCAUUCUAUAAAGAACCGUGUUUACAGGAUUCGCAGACAGGUGGUGAACACAAGUUUCCUCCAUUAGGCUUAACUUAUGGCUGAGGUGGCCAGCCAGAAAGUAAAAAUUAAAAACAAAAAA